UCCAGUGGAUGCAAGCUUGGGAUUGUUAAUGAAGCUUUCUUGCCAUUAGAGGCAUUCUCUGAUAUUGCUGACGCUGAAACACUAAAAGAAAAUUUGAGAAGCAAUGUGCUUCCUGAAGCUUCCAGUAGUUCUCAUUGUGCUCUUGGUUGCAUUAAACCAUCUGAAAGCUACCCCCAUCGAAAGUCACCAGGUGGAAAAGCGGAAAUGCAACACCGCCACAUGUGCGACUCAACGCCUGGCAAAUUUCUUAAUUCGUUCCAGCAACAAUCUUGGUGCCAUUCUCUCUCCUACCAAUGUGGGAUCCAAUACAUAUGGAAAGAGGAACACAGUUGAGAUUUUAAACAGGGAACCAUUGAAUUACUUGCCCCUUUAGAGGUCAAUGUACCUCUAGAUUUGUUCUUGCUUCAUGUAUAAAUGUUCUAGUGAUUUCCUGUAUUUAAUUUAAAAUUAGCAUGAACCUGAGCCUGUAUGCUCCAUGUUUGUUGCCAGUACAUAUAAAUUGUCAUGGUAAGAAUUGUUUUAAAUUCAACAAUAAUUAAGGUCCCAUAAUAAAAAGUCAAUGCCUUUAAAAAUG